UGUACGCGGUGGCCACGAGCUCCCCCCACCCCUGCACGAGGAUCCCGCGAAUGACGGGGGAGGAGAAAGAGUUCGAGAGCAUCGAGAGAGACGAGCGCUACGUCCCCCCCCAGCAGGAGGCCUUCAGCAUCCAGCUCAUCUCACCUGUCAGCUGGGAGGCCAUUCCCAACACCAGGAUCGCCCUGGAGGAGUGGGAACACGUUACCUGUAUGAAGACGGUGUCGCUGCGCUCCGAGGAGACGGUGUCGGGCCUCAAGGGUUACGUGGCCGUGGGCACCUGCCUGAUGCAGGGCGAGGAGGUCACCUGUCGGGGCCGGAUCCUGAUCCUGGAUGUGAUCGAGGUGGUUCCGGAGCCGGGGCAGCCGCUCACCAAGAACAAGUUCAAGGUGCUCUACGAGAAGGAGCAGAAGGGACCGGUGACAGCGCUGUGCCAUUGCCAUGGUUACCUGGUGUCCGCCAUCGGCCAGAAGAUCUUCCUGUGGAGCCUGAAGGACAACGAGCUGACGGGGAUGGCGUUCAUCGACACGCAGCUCUACAUCCACCAGAUGAUCAGCGUCAAGAGCUUCAUCCUGGCCGCCGACCUGAUGAAGAGCAUCUCGCUGCUGCGCUACCAGGAGGAGAGCAAGACGCUGUCCCUCGUCAGCCGGGACGCGAAGCCGCUGGAGGUUUACAGCGUGGAUUUCAUGGUGGACGGCAGCCAGCUGGGAUUCCUGGUGUCCGACCGCGACCGGAACCUGCUGGUCUACAUGUACCUGCCUGAAGCCAAGGAAUCCUUCGGGGGGCUGCGGCUGUUGCGCCGCGCCGAUUUCCACGUGGGCGCGCACGUCAACACCUUCUGGCGCACACCGUGCCGCGGGCACACCGAGGGACCCAACCGGCGCUCCAGCACCUGGGAGAACAAACACAUCACCUGGUUCGCGACGCUGGACGGGGGCCUGGGGCUGCUGCUGCCGAUGCAGGAGAAAACCUACAGGAGACUCCUGAUGCUGCAGAACGCGCUCAGCUCCGCCCUGCCACACCUGGCCGGGCUCAACCCACGGGCCUUCAGGUUGCUACAGUCGGAGCGGCGCCUGUUGCAGAACGCGGUGCGCAACGUCCUGGACGGGGAAUUGCUGAGCAGGUUCCUGUACCUGAGCGCCAUGGAGCGCGGGGAGCUGGCCAAGAAAAUCGGCACCACACCUGACAUCAUCCUGGACGACCUCCUGGAGAUCGACCGAGUCACCGCCCACUUCUGAGGGCCCCGAAUUCCCAAAAUUCCCAAAAUUCCCAAAAAAUCCCAAAAUUCCCAAAAAAAUCCCAAAAUUC